AUGGAUCAUCAAAACACCACGACCACUUUACGGUCUACUAAGAAACCGUUGGCCGAAGACGAAAAGGAAGAGCUUGAGUUGGAAUCAUUUACGGAUAAAAAGGACACACUUUUAGACCAAGAACAACAACAAGAAGUACUCGCAAAGAAGGAUUAUGGCAACUUCACUUUACUAGUUAUCUUGUAUUUAUUGCAAGGUGUUCCUGUUGGACUCUGUUUUGGAUCAAUUCCAUUCCUAUUAAAGGCCAAGUUAUCUUAUUCACAAAUCGCAAUCUUUUCUUUAUCGUCCUGGCCAUACUCACUCAAGUUGCUUUGGUCACCUAUUGUCGAUGCUGUCUAUUCACACAAUUUGGGACGUCGAAAGUCAUGGAUUAUACCUAUCCAGAUCCUCACUGGUAUUUUAUUUUAUAUACUCGGCAACAACAUAGACGCCAUGAUGAGCAAUGAACACGUCCCUAUUCACAUUUUGACAUACUCCUUUUUGGCCACCAUCUUUUUUUGUGCUACCCAGGAUAUAGCCGUUGAUGGUUGGGCAUUAACUUUACUCAGUAAAGAAAGUUUAUCGUAUGCAUCUACAGCACAGACCAUUGGAUUGAACUGUGGAUACUUUUUAUCUUUUACUGUCUUCUUGUCAUUCAAUUCAGCUGAAUUCAGUAACAAGUACCUGAGAUCAAUCCCAAAGGAAUAUGGCGUGUUGGGAUUAGGUGACUAUAUGAGAUUUUGGGCAGUGAUAUACAUGUUAGUGACAGCUUAUCUCGUGAUCUACAAGAAAGAGACCGAUGUAAAGGAUGAAGAGGCUCAAUUAGGUAUCCGUGGAGUCUAUGCAACCAUUUGGAAGAUUUGUAAAUUACCACAUAUGCGAUCAUAUAUUGUUGUUUUGUUGAUCGCCAAGAUUGGCUUUAUUUGUCAUGAGGCUGUUACUUCAUUGAAGCUAUUGGAAAAAGGGUUUUCACGUGAGGAUCUGGCUCUCUCUGUCCUGCUUGAUUUCCCAUUGCAAAUCUUUUUUGGUUAUUAUGCUGCGAAAUGGUCAAAUGGACCGAGACCAUUGAAGCCAUGGCUCUAUGCAUUUUAUGGUCGAUUGGCCUGUUCUGCCUUGGGUAUGUUGACAGUGGCAUACUAUCCACAAGGUAGACCCGUUGGCAUGGUCUACUUUGGUAUCAUCAUGGCAUCAACUGUCCUAAGUUCUUUUAUGUCUACAGUACAAUUUGUGAGCAUAUCAGCAUUCAUGACAAGCAUAGCUGAUCCAUUGAUUGGUGGAACUUAUAUGACGCUCUUGAAUACCUUUAGUAACUUUGGUGGAACAUGGCCCAAGUUCUUUGUGCUUGAAGCUGUUGAUUAUUUUACGGUCAAUACGUGUUCUAUACCCACUGAAAGCGGUGAAUACGUAUCUUGUGUUGAGGAAUCAGGAAAAGAAUGGUGCAAGGAAGCAGGAGGAAGCUGUAUUAUACACAAGGAUGGAUAUUACGUCGUGGGCACUCUCUGUGUCCUCUUGGGCGUAUUCUGUUUGAUGUUUUAUAUAAAGCCUGUCAUCAAGAAAUUAGAGAAAUAUCCCAAGAGUAUGUGGAGACUAGGCUCAGCAUAA